AGUGCAAGCACGUGCGUGUGUGCGAGGAGAUUGUGUUUCGUAAGCGGUGCCGGGCAAGAACGCGAUUUCCGCUGGUAAAUGUAAAAUAAAAGACUAAAAAACCAUCACCGUAGUGCACGAUUAUGCGCUUGGGACAUGUUGGAAAGAUCGGUAUCGGCUGGGCCAUCAUAAGCGUGGUAGGUAUCGGGGCGUUUGUUGCUUCGAAGCAAUCCGUGGACAAGAACCGGUAUGAGAAUAUGAAAAUUCGCGAACGCAUGCGACAAUCGAACGUUGGCCAAUACGAAGUGAAGGAAAAGCGACGGUUCGACGUUUAGAAGCGCACCAA